AUUUACUUGAAAUAGAAAUAUAGUAGUGGACAACACGUAUCGUUAACGAGAAUGAAAAUCGAAUCACUGCACAACACUUGGUGGAAUGGAUUCAUGGUCACUGCAAAGAUAUAUAUAUAAUGAGGAAAUACUGGCACGACAACAGUUUGGUUCUUCGCAGGGGCAAGUGAGGCGAAGCCGGAGGCAAAUGGAACCAGUUAUUUCUUCAAUUCCAUAUUUUAUUGAUUCUAGACAAGGAAAUGACAUGGGUGAUGCUACAGAAGCGGAGGGUUUUAUGACUCGUGUUGAUGAGAUCAUAGUUCAGGUUGAUAAGCUUGAGAAGAGAGUGAUUGAAAUCGAACAAUUCUACUUGGCUAGAGGUGAUGCUCAUCAGAACAUUUCGAAAGGCAGUUCAACUUUGAAGGAUAAAGACAAGGAGAAGCAUAUAACUGGUAUCAGGAAGCAACAACAAGAUGCCUCACGUAGAGAAGGGGCGGCAGCAAAGAGAAUGCAAGAGCUUAUGCGCCAGUUCGCUACAAUUUUCCGUCAGAUCACUCAACACAAGUGGGCAUGGCCCUUUAUGGAUCCCGUUGAUGUUGAAGGUCUUGGCUUACACGACUAUUACGAGGUUAUUGACAAACCAAUGGAUUUUAGAACAAUUAAAAUCAAAAUGGAAGCUAAAGAUGGUUCUGGGUACAAGAAUGUCCGUGAGAUAUAUGCUGACGUGAGAUUGGUUUUUAAGAAUGCAAUGAGAUAUAACGAUGAGAAGAAUGAUGUCCAUGUGAUGGCAAAAACCUUACUGGAUAAAUUUGAAGAGAAGUGGCUGCAGCUUUUGCCCAAAGUUGCUGAAGAGGAAAAAAGACAAGUGGAGGAGGAAGCUGAGUUACAGUUUGAUAUGCAGCUUGCACAGGAGGCAACUUAUGCUAACAUGGCAAGAGAGAUAAGCAAUGAGAUAUCUGAGGCGGAUAUGAACUUGAAGAGUCUCAGGGAAAUGGUUAUCCAGAGGUGCAGGAAAAUGUCCACCGAAGAGAAGAGAAAACUUGGAAUAGCUCUCACACGAUUGUCGCCUGAAGAUCUCACGAAGGCCCUAGAAAUAGUUGCUGAGAAUAAUCCAGACUUUCAAGCAACUGCUCAGGAAGUGGACCUAGACAUUGAUGCUCAGAGCGAUUACACUUUGUGGAGGCUGAAAGUUUUCGUUAAAGAUGCACUUCCUAUAAAAAGCAAGAAUGCUGGAGCCAUAGAAGGAAUCAACAAUGAUAUAAUUGAUGAUAACAAGAAGAAUAACUCCAAACGAAGGAGAGAAAUUUGCGAUGCCCUUGUCAAGUCUGCUAUAAAAAGGACUAAAAAAGUUGUCUAAUAUGCAAGUGUAACCGACUAUUGUUGGCACUAAUUACGUUCUUUUGAUUCAGACGCAGGCAGUCAGCUUGUUGUAUGAUUGGUUUCAGUCAAUGAAAUCAUUUUGAAAGGUUUUUUUGUAAA